UUUAAACACACCCGGCAGCGAAACAUCGACAGUCCUCAAACGACAACACCCUCAAACAUAUAAAAAGGAAAAUUUAGACCCACUCGAAUCACAAUUUCUGCUCCACUUGAUGAGCAUCAACUGACAGUGAUACGCAUAUCAUCCAUCAACAGACGAAGGAUUCCUCUUCAUACCAUGCUUUCCCUUGUGAUAUUGUGUUGCCUUCUCUUCUCGGGUGUCCGGGGGCAAGUUUCAACAACUCUUUCAUCAACUUCCACAACCGCGCAAGUUGAAUCAGAGAAUGAGCUUGGGCAGACUGAAUCAGCUUUAAUACCAGAGAGCCAAACCAAUUACAAUACUUAUCAACUAGCAGCUCAGCAGCAACGUCCUACCUAUGUCACGGGUCGUGAUGCCCAAGGCUACUUUCCCUACGCGUUCCAAUACGUAGCUCAAUGUGAAGAUGGUUCCAGUUCACGACAGGAGUCUUCAGAUGGCAACGGACGGGUCGUUGGGUCCUACACAUUGGCUGUCGAAGAUGGCAGACGAAGAGUAGUCGACUAUGUGGCCGAUCAGGAUGGCUUCAGAGCAACUGUGGACACAAAUGAACCAGGAACCGAUGUGCAGAAUCCGGCCGACGUUGUCUUCCAUUCUGCAAGCCUGGGGGGUCGAUCGAACCAUGUUGCCCACGCUCCCACCAACACUUACAGGCCAACAACUUCUUACAGGCAAUAUCCAAGCAGAUUCUACAGUCAGGCUCAUGUUGCUAGACCUAAUUAUUAUCCAGUUGAUAAUCAUUAUUACCCCUAUAACUAUGAUUCUCAUGCCUAUCAGCACUAUGGAGGACACAAUGGCCAAGCAUCGGCAAAUUAUUAUUACAACGACCAAAGAUACCACUGGCACUGAGUGAAAAAGCUGAGGCUGUGGAAUAUGUUUCUGUUAAUGUGAAAGUUUUACUGUUCAUUGUCGACUUCCGGCUUGGUUUCGGUGAUCUGGUAAAUAAAGCAAUUUUUGAGAA